CGUUGUCUGCGCUCCGUUCUGGACCAGUUUGGGGAAGUUGCCGUGGCCCGGCGUCGCCCAGAUGUGCGACCUCAUUGAAGCACAGCCGGCCGAGAAGAUCGGCAAGAUGAAGAAGUUGCGGAGAACUUUGUCGGAGAGUUUCAGUCGCAUCGCUUUGAAGAAAGACGACACCACCUUUGAUGAGAUAUGUGUCACAAAGAUGUCUACACGGAACUGCCAGGGAAUGGACUCAGUGAUCAAACCCCUGGACACAAUUCCUGAGGAUAAGAAAGUCAGGGUCCAGAGGACACAGAGCACUUUUGACCCAUUUGAGAAACCGACUAAUCAAGUAAAGAGAGUGCACUCGGAGAACAAUGCUUGCAUUAACUUUAAGACCUCCUCCACUGGCAAAGAGUCUCCUAAAGUUAGGCGGCACUCCAGCCCCAGCUCGCCGACAAGUCCCAAAUUUGGAAAAGCUGACUCGUACGAAAAACUGGAAAAACUAGGGGAAGGCUCUUAUGCUACAGUAUACAAAGGGAAAAGCAAAGUAAAUGGGAAGUUGGUAGCCCUGAAGGUGAUCAGGCUGCAAGAAGAAGAAGGUACACCUUUUACAGCUAUCAGGGAAGCCUCUCUGUUGAAAGGACUAAAGCAUGCUAACAUAGUGUUGCUUCAUGACAUCAUCCACACCAAGGAGACGCUGACGCUUGUGUUUGAAUAUGUGCACACUGAUUUAUGUCAGUACAUGGACAAGCACCCUGGGGGGCUGCAUCCAGAUAAUGUGAAGUUGUUUUUAUUUCAGUUGCUGCGAGGGCUGUCUUACAUCCACCAGCGUUAUAUUUUGCACAGAGACCUGAAACCACAGAACCUUCUGAUCAGUGACACGGGGGAGUUAAAGCUGGCAGAUUUCGGUCUUGCAAGAGCAAAAUCGGUCCCUAGCCACACGUACUCCAAUGAAGUGGUUACCUUAUGGUACCGACCUCCAGAUGUCCUCCUGGGCUCAACAGAGUAUUCUACCUGCCUGGACAUGUGGGGAGUUGGUUGCAUCUUUGUUGAAAUGAUCCAAGGAGUCGCUGCUUUUCCAGGAAUGAAAGACAUUCAGGAUCAACUUGAACGCAUAUUUCUGGUUCUUGGAACGCCAAAUGAGGACACUUGGCCUGGAGUUCACUCUUUACCACAUUUUAAGCCAGAACGCUUUACCGUGUACAGCUCUAAACACCUUAGACAAGCCUGGAAUAAGCUCAGCUAUGUGAAUUACGCAGAGGAUCUGGCCUCCAAACUCCUACAAUGUUCCCCAAAGAACAGACUAUCAGCACAGGCUGCCUUGAGCCACGAGUAUUUUAGUGACCUGCCCCCACGGCUAUGGGAACUGACCGAUAUGUCUUCUAUUUUUACCAUCCCAAAUGUAAGAUUGCAGCCAGAAUCUGGAGAAAGCAUGCGGGCCUUUGGGAAAAACAAUAGUUAUGGCAAAAGUCUAUCAAACAGCAAGCACUGAUGAGCACAGCAUUCUCAAGAGAGCACAGGACUAAGUUGUCAUCAUUCUGGGAAGAAAAAAAACCAUUAAUGAAGUGGCCAAUCAGAGGAAGGGAAUCAUGGAUCAGUUUCCUUUCACUCCCUGUGGUGGAUUUCACUUACAAGAAAAUUGAAGCUGGCAAGACCCUGCUUUCUCUGCAAUUUAUUUAAAACCUUGCACGCAUUUGGAUACCUUGUGAUUCCCAAGAACUAUGUGAAGAUUAAGCUUCGCUUACUGAUCCAUGGCAUGUAUUCUUUUCAGUCUUUUGUGUUUGAUUUUGUUUGAUUUCCCUCAGCAGCGCAGCGUCUCUGUGAAGGUUUUUAUGCUUUUACCAACCAUGUCUUAAAUACAUUAAGACAACACAUCUGGUGUUCACACUUCUUCAGUAAUAUCUGUACUUGAAAGCCACACAGUGGCAUGAAACAAUGUGCGCUUUCCUGGAGACCACUGCACAUUUUGCAACCACCAGGAAGGUCAUGUUCAGCUAAAGCAAACCCAUGUUCUCUGACUGUUUGGCAACUUGGUCCCUGGCUGUGGGGCCCCCCUUGUCACCUACCUUUUGAGGACAUUUCCCAGUUUGGGGUUUUUUUCUUGGAAACACCACACAUUUAUAUAAGAUAUCAGAACCUGCUUAGCGUUUUCAAGCCACAUAGCAUGACUGUUUUCCACAUAGGUUGGAAGUGAAGAACCAAGUAUCAAGCAUUAAGAACAAAGGACAGGGAUACAUUGCUUCCUUUUCAACCUCUGGAGCUGGAGGUGACUUUUUACAUGUGUCCUGGGUCUCAUCAACAUCUUAUUGUUUCCAUCCACUCUUUGACACGUGGUGUUUUCUUAGUGGAGAAAAGAGUGAGGAACAGAGCGUUCAAAACUUGGGUGAACGGAAUCGAAUCCGCUGCAUGAGCCCUGAAAGCCAUCUUUGCUAGUUAACACUUAAUAAGCAAGCGACAAAGGGAUCCAGAGUUAAAAAUUGGCUCAUUUACAUCAGAGCACCUGUAAAUUACAUUUUGAAAACAUUCCAAGCUGACUGGAAGCCAUCCUUGGAGACCCUGACUUUACACUGUCUCCUGGGGAAAAAACUUUGAAUGAAGGUUUUAGAAGCAACACGGGACUCAUGCUUUAAGGAUGGGAAAGGGGAACAGAAAGGCCUGGCUCCCCCUGU